AUGCCUUCAAUAGAUACCACCACCGCGUCUCUGCCUGCAUCGAUGAAGUCAAGGGAGCGACGUGCCCUGGGUAUACCUCUACCCCCUAUUCCUGAUAAUAUGACGAUACCGCAGUUUAUCUUCGAGUCGGAUCAUGAAUGUCGCCCACAAAGGCGUGCUGGAGUGCCAUGGCUGAUUCAGGAUGACAAUGGGAAGCAGUUUGGAGAGGAAGAGUUGCGAGCUCGUACUCACGCGCUUGCGAAUGGACUACAUUUGAAGUAUAAUAUCGCCGCAAUCAUGUCGAAUCCACUCCUACAGAACUUUCAUAUCCUUCUCCCGGCGCUGAUACGUGAUGAUUCUCAGACUACCCUGUCGCCAUUUGGGCAGUACACAGACUCGGGGGUGUCAUAUCUGCGCCGCGGCAGGACGCGGGGGCUGAAAUGGAACCUACCCUACUUCCCAUCUUGUCUACCUUCCAGUGGCGCGAAUCCAGAUUACACGAGCAGUGAGCUGCUGUAUCAAUUGCAAGCGACCAAUGCCGCUGUCAUCAUGGUCCACCCGGAGUCGUUGUCAAUCGCACUGGACGCAGCACGCGAGGCGGGUCUCCCAUCUGCGCGCGUCGUGUUGUUUGACGUAAGUCAUAACACUACCUCCGGAGAGGUGCUUCGGGGCAGCAGCCACGAGACAAUCAGCAGCCUGGUGGAGUUUGGGAUGAAGAAUAAGGUUGGGUAUGUUGAGAGGCGGCUGGCUCCUGGCGAGGCGAAGACCAAGUUGGCAUUCCUGAGCUUUUCGUCAGGCACUACUGGGCGACCAAAGGCUGUCGCUAUCCCUCACUUCGCGUUGAUCGCGAAUGUCAUUCAAAUAGCAGCACACAACAAGGUGAACCAAAAUUACUGCGACUGGAAUGACCAACGAUUUCGUCCUGGGGAUGUCGCGAUAGGAGUGUUGCCCUUCUAUCAUAUAUAUGGUCUUGUCAUUAAUCAUCCAGCGACGAAGAAAUAUGAUCUUCGAAAGCACAUCCGGAUGAUUAUGUGUGGGGCUGCACCGCUUUCGCAUGAACUGAACCAACAACUCUUUUCCAUGUUCCCCGAUGCGCAUAUUGGUCAAGCUUAUGGAAUGACGGAAACGUGCACUGCUACUACGAUGUGGCCUAUUACACGAAAACGAGGUGUGUCCGGAAGUAGCGGACACCUGCUACCUGGCAUUGUAGCGCGCGUCGUUAAGCAGGAUGGAACGUUGGCGGACUAUGGAGAGGCUGGGGAGCUGAUCGUAUGGACGCCUUCUGUCGCGCUGGGCUACGCAAAUAAUGCUGAAGCGACUAAAGAAACAUUUCUUGAUGGAUGGGUAAGAACGGGGGAUGAGGUAAAGAUUAUGGAAGAUGGGGAGAUGAUUGUGUUGGAUAGGCUAAAGGUAAAAGGAUUCCAGGUCGCACCUGCGGAGCUGGAAGGUUGCCUACUUGACCACCCUGACGUCUCCAACACCUGUGUCGUUGGCAUUCCCGAUGAAUACAGUGGGGAGGUCCCCCUUGCUUACGUGGUACUCACAGCAGACGCGUCAAAGCGGGCAAGCCAAAGCGCUGCUGCUGCUGAAGCAAUCAAGGCGUCAAUUAUCAAGCACGUUGCCCAAAACAAGAUUCACUAUAAGCAUUUGGUUGGGGGAGUUGAGUUUGUGUCGGCGAUCCCAACAUCGCCUAGCGGGAAGCUGCUUCGUCGCGUGUUACGCGAUCAAGCAAAGGAGCUUCGUAAGGUCAAGGCUAAGCUUUGA